GUUUCGGCUCUGUUGGCAGAAGCAACAUCCCAUCAGACAUAUCUCAAUGCUACCAUCGAGUCAGCCAAUUUCAUGCAGUCGCAUCUUCUCAAUCCGUCCAACAUUGUAGUUGAUUCUAUAUCAUCAAAAUUAAAUGAUUCUUGCUCUGUUGACCCGAUGCUGGUUUCGUACAAUUCUGGAAUCUUCAUUGAAGGACUGGUUGCCCUAGUGGAUAUUACUCAUAACACUUCAACUGAAUCCUUGUAU